UGUCAGGUGGCGUGAAAGAAAAACAUCGGGAAAUUCUUGCUGUGUGUGCGGAAAAUCGUGAUUUAAAGGUGGAAACGCGGCAUUUUCCCCAAUGAUCAUGACGACGUCGCGUUUGGCGCGAGCUGGGCGCAGCCGAUUCUUCAUUGGCAUCGGAAUUCUGCUUCUCAUGGUUGGCUUUGUGGCAAUUUUCCACAGUUCGCAGCAGCAACUCGAUGAGCUCCGCCAAAUGGGGCGCCGCUGUGAGCAGCAGCACGAGGCGAUCUCCUCGCAGCUUCAGACUGAGGUGGAGAAGAACUUUCGCCUGGAGAAGUCUCUGGAGGGGGAGCGUCUAAGCCACCAGCAGAAUCGUGUGGAGCUGCAGCAGAAGGCACGCGAGGAGAAGGAGAUCCGGGAGAAGAGCACUAAGGAGUCGAAUUCACGUCUGGCUUCGCUGCAGCAGCACUACAAACUGCUUCAGAGUCAGCACGACGACUUGCAGGAAUCCUGCUCGAAGUCCCACCAGAAGCAACUGGAGGAGAUCAACGGGUUGCAGCGGAAGCUGGAGAAUCUGCGACAGGGUGAGAAGCAGAAGGACAAGGAGAUUGAGCACUGGAAGGUGAAGUACAAAGCGCUGGAGAUUGAGAAGAUCAAUCUCGAGGGCGCCUUCAAGGCCAAGGGAGGCUCCCUGAGUGACUCUCUGAAGGUGGCGCAUCUGGAGAGGGUGGUCGAGCAGUUUGAGGCGCACUGCGCCUUCCGUCCCGACACGCUCGAGCACCACGUAAGCAAUUCGCCAUCCUCCGGAAGGGUGCACCCAGACAACGAAAAGAAUUUCAAUGCUCAGCUGACCGUGAGUGAAGAUUUAUAUAAGAUCCCCAUCAAGAUUAACCGCAUGACGACUGGUGCUGGGCCCGAGGGCGAGCGGAUGGCCAUAGCUAACUCCCACAACACCUUUCAGAUGAUACCUCGGCCAAAUGACAAAGGUAUCAAUAGCGCUAAUGUCCUGCAGGAGCCGCCGUCCGCCCAGGUGGCUGUGAAGAGCAGCACAGCCACGCUGGACAGGCGCCAGUCGCCGCUGUCCCAGGGCAACGCCCUGCCCAUCGCCGUGAUUCCCACUGUGCUGUCCAGCACGAAAAAGACACCCGACGUGCUGCACAAGACGAAGUCGCGUGCAGUGCCACAGGGCGUCGUGCCGGUGCCGGAGAGCAUGAAGGAGCUGCUGAAGGAGGAGGAGACACAGAACGCGGAGAUGUCGCCCAGAUCUCCCGAUCGCUACUCCAAUGCCAUGGUGGACUCCGUGCAGCAGGCGCCGAAGAAGGAGGACACUCGCCCGGAGGGCGAGGCGAACUUCCAGAACGUGAACGAGGUGGACAACGGCGCCCACGAGGUGGAUGACUUCAACAUUGUGGAGGACAAGAACCAUCGUGAUCACUUGCAAGACGUGCUGGACGACGAGAAGUUGAACGUGAAUGCCAACAAUGCCGCUGAGGAGGACACAAAUCUCUAUGACACGAACAAGAUUCCGCUGAAUCGCCAGAAGCCCAACGAUGACAUCGAUCUGGAGAUCAUCAACCGGCGGAAUCCGCACUUGGAGGCCAACGGGGAGAAGCACAAGUACGCGAAUGACAAGCUGAUGAAUGAGGAGGUGGCAGCCGACCAGGGCUUCGAUCUGGCGGCCGAGGAGCAGGUUGAGGAGGGCGAUGAUGAUGAGUACUCCAACCUGGCGGCGCUGCACCAGCAGGGACAGGUUGUGCGGAAUUGAACUCUCUAGCGCCCACCAAACGCAGCCCUUCUCACUUCCAUCCCUCCUCACCACUGGCGGCAUUUAUACAUUAAGAAAAAAGCGUCGCGCAUAGAAAUGAUCGACCUUCUCACUCACAUUAAUAGUAUUUUCAGAGACUGUAGGUUCUUUUCCCACUCAAACAACGGUGCAUUUACAGUGGGUAGCAAAAUAGUUUCCAAUGCCAAUCAGAAGAGCCCAAAAUUCCCCAGGAAGAAUUAAUAAUUCUGGCGCCGCAAAGCCCAAAUUAAACAGCUUUGGAAGGUUUUCGAGUAAAACACGAAGUUUUGUCCAAUUUACAAUAUUUUUUUUUCGGCAAAAAUAUGUCGCUAAACUCAUUGCGAGAGUGUAAAUAAUGGGACUAUUUUGCUACCGAAUGUACAAUGCCAUUUGUGGCCACAUAAACUACCCGAAUUAACUAUACAAAUGGGUCUAAGCAGUAGGAAAUAAUGUAUCGUAGGAAGUUUGCAGUUCAAUUCGAAUUUCAUUGUAUAUCUUUUGAUAUUAUAGUUGAGUGAAAGAUAUGUUUUAUAGGCACAGGGAUAAGUUAAGUGCGAAUUUGGGACACUCUUCAUUUCUUUUCUGACAUUUUACACUGAAUCCUUUGAAGCACACGAUUAAGGUUGAAACAUUCAAGAUAAAUCCAGUGAUUGAGUUUACUUGUGACAAACAUAUCGAGCAAAACGUCGUAAGCCUGAUUUUUCGUUCUUUAUUUCACUAUCUCAAAA